ACCCAAAUGAGCAACACACUCUCAACUCUGUUUAUCUUCUCUCUCUAAACUACACUCUUCCAUGGACGCUCUCAACUUCUUAAAAUUCUGGAGAAACAACACCACUUCCUCCACCAUCACUCUUCCUCAUCUUCUUGUUCAAACAGAUUCCGAAUCAGACGAAGAUGACUCAUUCUUCGAUUUGGAACUUACCAUCAACGAUUUCGACAACAACAACAAACCCAGCCACGACCCACAAUUCAAAACUAAAACUCUUUCUUCCAAACAUGAAACCCAAGUUAAGGUUCAUCAAAAAACACCACUUUCUUUGUCUCCUAACGAACCAAUUUCCAAACGAAAAGUGCUUCCAAUUGAACCAAUUUUGAAACCUCAAUCACCCAUUUCGCUUCUAAAAUCAGCACCGAGCUUCAGGAUUUUCACGUUCAGAAAACAGAGGAGAAUGGGUUCUGAAAAAACAGAGUGUGAGAAGAAUGAUAAGAAUCAGAAGAAAGAAACGAAUUUUUUUGCCGUGAAAGUGAACGUUGAAGAUUUUCAUUGUACUCCAACAACGCUUAGCAGAGAUAACAGCACAAGAAGUUUUGGUAGCAAGGUUCGUAAUCAGAGCAGAGAGGAACCGAAGCCGGAGAGAAUUUCCAAAGAGAUUUUGCAGAAAUAUUUGAAGCUGAUUAAGCCUCUUUAUGUUAAAGUUUCCAAGAGGUACGGUGAUAAAGUCAGAUUCUCCGGAGAGGGGACGACGGCUUCGCCGUCAUCGUCACCGGCUAUUGGCUCUGUUUCUUUGAGGAAGGAGAAACAGGGGAGUUUUCCGACGGGGAUGAGAGUGGUUUCUAAGCAUUUGGGUAAGAGUAGGUCGUCGGUUACGGUUGCCGGAGUUGGUUCUCCGGCGAAUAGGAGUGAUGAUACACUGCUGCAGCAGCAUGAUGGAAUUCAAAGUGCCAUUCUUCAUUGCAAGAGAUCGCUUAACUCUAGAGAUUCUUCAACGAGUCUUUAUGAGGAUGGAUCAAUGUAUUCAACAAGAAGCUCUUUUGAGGAUGAAUGUGGGGAUAAAGUGUGAUGUUUUGAUGAUGGUGUUGAAUUAAAGAAGGUAGAUAUAAGAUGAUAGGGAGAAAGAUAUGAAAAUGAAAAUGAAAAUGUUUGGUUUUGUAAUUUGUAAAAAAGGAAAAAAGGAAAUUAGAGGGAGAUGUGUAAGUCUGUGUGAUGAUUAGGGAGUGUGAUAGGUUCACCUGCUGGUGACAGUGUACAUUGAUGGGUCAUUAUGAAAAGAAUCUAAAUUUCCUCUGAUUUUGGAUCUUCUUUGUGUCACUCAUUCUGUGUUUGUGUUGUGUGUGAGUUUUGCACUCUGCACUCUGCUUGAGGUUUUAUUGAGUAUCUCAAGUAGUAUAUUGAUUUUCUGAUUCCUCGAUAGUGCUAUUAUAAGAUUCCAAGCACCAA